AUGGACGAGGCAAGAAAGGCCGUCGAGGCCUUCAUGGCUCGCAAUGGACGCCACGACACCACUGUUCAUGAAACUGUUGCACCUGCAGUCACCCAGGAAGUCCUUACGAGAAGGGAACAUCAGGACAUCACUCGUGCUGUCGACAAAGAGUUCCAUCAAGACCAUUACCACACGUCUGUUCAGCCUAUCACGACUGAAGAGCAUCGUGAAGAACAGCAUCACGCUGUGGUUCAGCCUGUUGACGAGCACAACUUUGAGCAUGACGACCCAGCUGAGACCACCAAACACCUUGCCGCUGUGGAUGCGGAGCACAGGGACACCUUUGAGUCUGUGGUAGCCGAGCGGACAACGACAGAGCUGCCCACGAUCGAGGGUCAGCACAUUCAUCACCAUGUGCAUGAAAGGAUUCAGCCUGUCAUCCAGAAGCAGACGUUCGAAUACCACGUCUUCCACGUCGUCAUGCCUGUCCGAGAGAUCCACCACAACGCAGCACAACACUAUUCCACUUCCUCGCUGCCAACUGUCACCCUCGAUGACUUCAAGCGAGCGGGUGGCCAGCUCAAUGGUCGCGAGGAACGUUACGAUGCCUUUGAGGGAGAACCACGAUCAGUCGGCCAGGCUCAUGGAAGCCCACUCCAAGCCGCACCGGGCUCUGGUGGUGCGACUGACGCCUCCGCGUCCGCGUCCAAAGCGCCCGCCGAUGGAUCCGCGGCAGCUGCUCCAGCUAGGCCCUCAAGAGUAGCGACAUUUGCGAAUCCGCUCACCACGACGCCAGCACCAGUAGCGGCGUCUCAACAGGAUCCAACGACAAUUGCAUCUCGCACCGAAGCAAACUCCGGCGUCUUCCGUCCUCCAACUCGGGCGCCCACAGCUCCCGCCACGCUUGCGAGCGCUUCAGCUGCAGCGCCAGCUAUUGACAAUUCGACUGCACCGGCCUCACAGCCAGCCGCUCCUGCUCCUGCGCCAGCUGCCGCCGACAAUGCUGCCACUGCCACUGCACAGCCCACCGUCGCCCCUGCGGCUCCCGCUCCACCAACCCGUGAUCCGGCUGCCCCAGCAUCACUUAACGGCGGGCCUGGUGCAGGCACUCUUUCGAUGCAGCCUGACGGCAGCAUUGCCUCGAACCAUCCCUUGAUGCGACCGCCCACUUUGCUGUCGCAAGACGCAUACCGUCAAGGCCCUGGUAGAGCUAGUGCCGUCCGGCCACACGCCCGCCACGUGAGAACAACGUCGACCUCGAUGAGGACGAGACCAGACAGGACACCAUCGGCUCCAGCAGACCGUCCAGCGGCCUCGGAUCCGGCUGACAGGCCACUACCGGGUGCGCCACAGUAG